CGGCCGCCAUUUUGUCGGCCGUGCCUCGCCGCCGCCGCUCGGGGAGGGAGCGCCCGCACCGCCCGCCGCCAUGUCCAAGCGCCACCGCCUCGACCUGGGCGACGACUACAGCUCCAGCAAGAAGCGCACCACCGACGGGAAAGAUCGUGACCGGGACAGGGACCGCGAUGACCGUUCCAAGGAUCGCGACAGGGAUCGUGACAGAGAUAGAGAUCGUGACAGAGAAAGGGACAAGGAGAAGGAUCUGCGACCUACAUCCAACUCUACGUAUUAUGGGGCUGCUGGGUUGCCAGCUAUAAAACAAGCAAUGAUUCCACACAGUAUUAACCCUUUUACAAAUCUACCCCAUACACCACGAUAUUAUGACAUCCUGAAAAAAAGGCUACAACUUCCUGUCUGGGAAUAUAAAGAAAGAUUUACGGAUAUUUUGAUUAGGCAUCAGUCUUUUGUGCUGGUUGGAGAGACUGGGUCUGGUAAAACAACACAGAUCCCCCAGUGGUGUGUUGACUACAUGCGCUCCUUACCUGGCCCGAAGAGGGGCGUGGCGUGUACCCAGCCCAGGCGAGUGGCGGCGAUGAGUGUGGCACAGCGGGUUGCUGAUGAGAUGGAUGUCAUGCUGGGGCAGGAGGUCGGCUACUCCAUUCGAUUUGAAGAUUGCAGUAGUGCAAAAACCAUUUUGAAGUAUAUGACUGAUGGUAUGUUACUUCGUGAAGCGAUGAAUGAUCCUUUGCUGGAGCGCUAUGGUGUUAUAAUUCUUGAUGAGGCCCAUGAGAGAACACUGGCUACGGAUAUCUUGAUGGGAGUUCUGAAGGAAGUUGUAAGACAGAGAUCUGAUUUGAAGGUUAUAGUUAUGAGUGCUACUUUAGAUGCUGGCAAGUUUCAGAUCUAUUUUGAUAACUGUCCUCUUCUAACUAUCCCGGGUCGCACCCAUCCUGUGGAGAUAUUCUAUACUCCAGAACCAGAAAGGGACUACCUUGAGGCUGCCAUUCGAACAGUGAUCCAAAUUCACAUGUGUGAAGAAGAAGAGGGAGAUCUGUUACUCUUUCUUACUGGACAAGAGGAGAUUGAUGAAGCCUGCAAGAGGAUAAAACGUGAAAUUGAUGAUUUGGGUCCUGAAGUUGGUGACAUCAAAAUCAUUCCAUUGUAUUCCACCCUUCCUCCACAGCAGCAGCAAAGGAUAUUUGAACCUCCCCCACCAAAAAAACAAAAUGGAGCAAUAGGAAGAAAGGUUGUUGUGUCCACUAACAUCGCUGAGACAUCAUUAACAAUAGAUGGUGUUGUGUUUGUGAUCGAUCCUGGCUUUGCAAAACAGAAGGUGUACAACCCUCGUAUCAGAGUGGAGUCUCUGUUGGUGACUGCCAUCAGUAAAGCUUCUGCUCAGCAGCGAGCUGGCCGUGCUGGCCGUACUCGACCAGGCAAGUGCUUCAGGCUCUACACAGAGAAGGCUUACAAAACUGAAAUGCAGGACAACACAUACCCUGAAAUUUUGAGGUCUAACUUAGGAUCUGUAGUAUUACAGCUCAAGAAGCUUGGUAUAGAUGAUUUGGUGCACUUUGAUUUUAUGGAUCCUCCAGCUCCUGAAACUCUGAUGAGAGCCUUAGAGCUUUUAAAUUACCUGGCUGCUUUAAAUGAUGAUGGAGACUUGACUGAGUUGGGAUCCAUGAUGGCUGAAUUUCCUUUGGACCCACAGCUGGCUAAAAUGGUUAUUGCAAGCUGUGACUACAACUGUUCUAAUGAGGUCCUAUCUAUUACUGCCAUGUUGUCAGUCCCACAGUGUUUUGUUCGCCCCACGGAAGCAAAGAAAGCAGCAGAUGAAGCCAAGAUGAGGUUUGCCCACAUAGAUGGAGAUCAUUUGACGUUGCUGAAUGUCUACCAUGCUUUCAAGCAAAAUCAUGAGUCGGUUCAGUGGUGUUAUGACAACUUCAUUAACUACAGGUCCCUGAUGUCUGCAGACAAUGUACGCCAACAGCUGUCACGAAUCAUGGAUAGAUUUAAUUUGCCCCGUAGAAGCACAGACUUUACCAGCCGAGACUAUUACAUCAACAUCAGAAAGGCAUUAGUUACUGGGUAUUUCAUGCAGGUGGCACAUUUGGAGCGAACGGGGCAUUACUUAACUGUAAAAGAUAACCAGGUGGUGCAGUUGCAUCCCUCCACCGUUCUUGAUCACAAACCAGAAUGGGUGCUGUAUAAUGAGUUUGUCCUUACAACGAAGAAUUACAUCCGGACAUGUACAGACAUCAAGCCAGAAUGGCUGGUGAAAAUUGCCCCUCAAUAUUAUGACAUGAGCAAUUUUCCACAGUGCGAAGCAAAGAGACAGUUGGAUCGCAUCAUUGCCAAACUUCAGUCCAAGGAAUACUCACAGUACUGAAUUUAUGCUUUGAACUGAAGUUAUUCAGAGGACAGCUUUAAGAGAUGAAAGGAUUCAAAGUUCAAGUUGUGCUCUUCACUUUGGUUCAAUAAUGGCCUUUAUUUGAAAGCUUUUUAAUUUUUCUUUACAGUAAAUAUUCCAUUCUGAUUUCAUAAAUUAAACAUUUAUGCCUCCCUUUUGUGUUGACACUGUAGCUCAUACUGGAAAAGCUAAUCAAUGUUUUGCAGUUUAUUGAAAGUAGUUCUAUAUAUAACAAUGUUAUAAGCAUUUCUUUAGAAAUGGUUGAAAAUGCUUCUAAAAAUGUGAUUAUCGACCAUGGUAUGCAUGAUCGUUGUAAUUGUUGACAUUCCUUUUAGAAGUUGUGAAAUGUUACAACUUGUGCUUCUGUAGACACAAUCUUCAGCUUCAGUACAAAGGUACUGACUUCAAUAAAGUCUAUUUAUACUAAUUUUGUGCCACAGUAUGUCAGUAUUUCUAUUGUUUUGAUUGAAAUAUGAGAAGCCAUUUAGUCUCCCAGUAAACUGCUGUUUGAUUGACAUGGCAGUAGUUUAAUAUUUUAAUAUUAAAAGUGCGGAUGUUUAAGCAGCACAGUGAUGAUGACAUCAGCAUAAUGCAUACAAUGUUGAUCCCUUGCAAACUUGUUUAAAUUAUUUAGGAAAAAUGAAAUGCAUGCAGAUGUGUUAGGAGAAUGCUUUCUUCAAACAUAGCCCUAAAUAUUUCUUGGACAGAACUGUAGUAAUGUGUCCUGUAAUGUGGAGUGUCUGUGGCGAGUUAGGAAUUGCCCUGCUGGGCAGUGUUCAGGGACCAUUUAGGAUCAACACAAACAGUAACAUAAGUGACACUGUAGGUCAGAUCACACUGCACCGUUGUAAUUCUGUCGGGAUUUUUGGUACGAUUUGACAGCAUUUUCAAUUUGGGAAGGCUAAUCCCAUGAGGAAUUUAUAGUAAAAUUUGAUCAGAGGGCUGGAGCACCUGAGGAGCUCUAUGAGGACAGGCUGAGAGAGUUGGCACUGUUUAGCCUUGAGAAGAAAAGGAGGAGACCUUAUUGUGGACUUCUAAUACUUACAGAGGUUUUGUAAGAAUGAGUUGUGGCUUUUUACCAGUGACAGGACAAGGGGCAAUGGUUUUACUCUGGCAGAGGGUAGGUUGAGAUUGGACAAGGAAGAAAUUCUGUAUGGUGAAGGUGGUGAGGCGCUGGAACAGGUUUUCCAAUGAAGUUGUGGAUGCCCAGUCCCUGCAGCGUUCAAGGUCAGUUGGAUGGGGCUUUGAGCAACCUGGUCUAGUGUAAGGUGUCCCUGGCCAUGGCAGGAGAGUUGGAUCUUUAAGGUCCCUGCCAACCCAAGCCAUUCUGUGUUUUAAUGUAUUUGAUCAGAUUUCAGUUUUUCCCUCCCCAAGGAAUACACCGAGCUUUGGUCCUUUUAGCAAAGAGAAGCUGGAUCAGCUCUUGCUAAAACUGGUUCCCCCAGGAAGAGAGCUGUGUGCUGUCAUGCUCUAAGGCUGAAGUAAAAAUAGGUUAUAUUUGGAGAGCUGGUAACUAACCUCAGUUAGACUAAUCCUGAGCACUGAUGUUUGGUGUAUCCUAUUUAAAUCAUAGCAAUGGACUAUAAAAUUACUUGGAAUGGAAUAAUUUGAGGACUUUCUUCUAAUUCCAAGUUGGUUUUUUUUCUAAAUUCUAAAACGCUAUUUAUAUGAUGUGGAAUAGAUAAGUUUUGAAAACUUUUUUAGUUAGCAACUAAAACAGUAAUUGUGAAGGAAAAAAUUAAAGUUAAUUUUUAAUAUGCAGUGGGACCUGAGAAGUCUGUCUCAAGUUUGACAGUGAGGGAGUGGAGGAUCUCCCCCACUUCAGGCAUUGUGGAAUGGGUCUGGACUCUUCCUGCCUUACAAAAUCAUAUUCAGUAGGAAGGAGGGAGGUUGACUCUGCAUAAAAUGUUGAACUGGAUGGAGUUUUCUGACUGCAGUUGGAAGAGUUUUUAUUUAAAACGGGAAUUCUGAACCUCUUAAGCAACUGGAUUUCAUACUAAUAUUCCUAAACAUACAGAUGUUGGUUUUGCAAAUUCCUGCUCUAGGAUGACUCAGGCCGGAUAUGUGGGUUUUCAUGAUGACUUGCUUAUCCCCCGCUGUGAGGGGCUGCUUUGUGCAGUGCUGAAAAGUGGCUGCUCCCCAGGUAAGAGAACUUCUCUAGAAUUCGUGUGCAGCUUUCAGCCGAACUGUGUAGAACCAGCUUCUGCACAACUUUCCCGAGGUCUGGCAAGGGCCACAAACAGCCAGUUCUCUGCAUGAAACCCCAGAACCAGCUGGCAUAAGCUGCCAUAGCCAGGUCCUUGGGGAUGGGGGAGCAGAUGGCAAUGGCCGUGAGUGGAACUUGACACAGGAGAGACUUUGGCCCUUCUUUUUUUUCCUUUUUUGAAAUUGUCAUACCCACAAACUCAGCUUGGGCUGUGACAGCUGACCUGGGAUCUUUCGCUUUGUCAUUGCUAUCAGGAAUGCAAAUUCUGCUGGCCAAACCCAUGUCCUCUGGCAGCUGUGCAGCCCUGACACCUUCCAAUUAAGCCAGUGACACCUGUGCCGUCCACCUGAAGGCCCGGGGGGCACCGGUGUCAUGGCUGAAUUGGAAGGCUGUCGGUGUCCCAGCUGUCACUGGGGACUGAGCAGGCCCGGUGCCCCCUCCCCUCCUGACAGUUGCGAGCAAUGGGAAACAGCUUACCUGCUGGGACCCUGAUGGAAUCUGGGGACUAGUGCUUUGGGAAUAUACGGAAACCUAGACGUGGGGAACCCAGUGGGUUUGGUACUUGCACGACCCCGGUGUAUCUCUGAAAAACGCUCCCCUUACCGAAGAACUGACAAAGCGUUUUCUCAAGGGCACUGCGUGUGCUGCACAGAGUCAUUCCUUCGCUAAGGCCCCGGGCUGGGAGCAGCUUUGUGCAGGCAUGUGCAGCCUGUUCUGUGUCCAGUACUGAUCUCAAAUAACUGAGGGUGUUCAAGGGUUCGGGGAGAAGCAACACAAACUCACUUAAAUCACUGUGGACUCCUUAGAGUUACUGCAGAUCCCACUUUUGAUGUAAUUUUAGAGCCAUAUAGCGGUGGGACGGGAGCCAGGUAUCUAAGGAGUUACUGGCCCUCUCUGAAGGAGUAGUGACAGGGUCAGCAGGGCUUCUUCAAGCAGUGUUUCCUGGGUCUGAAAGGGAAACUUGUAUCAGGAGCCACCUUCUUUGCUACUGCUGUCUCAGGGGUACAGCAGAUGCAUGCAGAGGAGCUUGGGUUUGAGAAUAGCCCUGGAUUUUCUUAAGUUCAGUGUUGAAAGGUAAAACCUCAUUCCCAUUUUUCUGAUGGGAACACAGUCAAAAAAAGGUUGCCCAGAGGAACAAAAGGAAACCAAGAAGGAGGUGUAGGAAUGAGGCUGCUUUAUCUACGAGCAUAUGAAGGUCACUGCCUCUCUUUAAAACUGUUACAGAUACUCGCAGUCCUGCCCAUCAUCAGAGCUCUGGCUUAUACUGCACAAUGCAGUAAAUGGGGGGAAGAGUUGGAAAUCAAGUUUGCUGGUGUCAAAUAGAAAUUCAGCUUCCCCUGGUUUUUGUCCUGUGAAAUGCCACAACUGACUACAAGACCCUUCCUGCUGGCCUGAGGAGCGAGGGAUCCCGGAUAAAGUACAGGGCUGCCCCCACCAGCUGCAGCCAUUUGCUGUUCUGUGCUCCCUGCCCUACUGGUGCUACUGCAGAGCAUUCAGGCUGCCAGCCAGGGUGUAAGCAUUUUUGUUUUGGAGUACUGAGGAAUGGCUCCUUAGGAUUAGCUGGUUAUCUGCUUUGGAAUGGUCUAAAAGGUCUUUGCUUACUUACAGUGAAUCUUUUUAUCAUAGACAUUCUGGUGGUUUUUGAAAAUACAUGGUUUGUAUAUAAUAAACUAUUUAUAGUGUGGGAUUUCUGAAAAUACAGAAUGGGUUAGAUGAUAGGAAAACAGUACUAAGUGAAAGGGGUAUAUUUUUUGAAAAGAGGAGAGUCUUCCAUCGUAAUUGUGCUGCUGUGUAAUACCUCAAAGCAGUAAAAGGGCUAAUCAUUGGUGUGAUGUAACAAGUGUAUUUAGGUUUGUUAGAUACAGAGGUAGUUACUAAUGGCUGAGUACAUGUGGUUUAGGUAUGAUCAGCAUUAUGGAGACAUAAAGAAGUGACCAGUUAUACUGUGUUUAGAUUUGUAGGGAUUUUAUAGCAAUUAGAAUUUUUGUCAGAGAAAAGAAAAAGUGGUGACUCCAUGCUUUGCCGUGUCCCGAUGUCAUAAACCUCCUGCGCUCUUGAUUUUGGGAGAUCUCUGUGCAGUGCAGUGCAAAAGACAGGUGCUGAAGUUCCUUUAGGGCUUACAGGAGUGUCUCCAUUUGUUGUGCUGUGCCCAUUCACUGAAGCUGGAGAGCAGUUGGCACGGGCCAGUCCGAGUUGGUGCGUUCUGUAUCACCUGGGUCAGUUUUUCGUGACAGAGCAAUGCCACCAUUUCUGAUCACCACCUCCCUUUUCGGAUCAGGGCCUGUGACACAGCAUUGGUUUGUGACGUCUGAUUUUCGACCUGCACUGCUACACAGUGCAUACUGGGAACUGCUCAUUAUUUGCCGUAUUUGCCAGCCUAAAGCAAAAAUGCUGAAAUUAGCUUUCACUGUGUAAUUUGAAAAGAUACCUUAGCAGAAGUCAAAGGGCAAAGAGUUUUUCUUCCAUCCAGUCAAGCUACAGUUACUAAUUUGUAAUCAGGUUGCUCUAGUUCAUUUUCUGAUAAUAUAUAGCAAUAAAAAGCCAUACCACACUAUGACAGUAGAAAGCAGAGAGUUAUAUUCUAAAGUACACAGAUUUAUUCACUUACUGUAAUUUGUAAAGAGUAGACAUUUAUCUUGGUUUUAGAACAGCUGAAGGUUUUAAUAAUAAACAUAAACAUAUUUUACUAUUAGAAGUAUACUCUUACUCUGGUACUCUGUUGACCUUUUAAAAUUAUUUAACUUCAUGACUAUGUAUGUGACAUUAGAUUUAUGUGAAGCAGAGGGAAAAAUGAUCUACUUGGUCAACCUAGUUCCUUUUUCUACUAGUACUUCUGACCCUGGUAGCUUUGUUUUGGGGUGUGUAUGCUUCCUAGAACUGUUCCUAAAACUGGGUGUUAUUCCCCAGUAAUACAAAUGUGAGAUAUUUUUGGUCUUGAAACAAGCAGCUUUAAAACCAGAAUGAAACCAUUAUGAGAGCAUUUGCCCCUCUCUUCGCUUUUCCUUUUGCAAAUGACAAGCUUGGGCUGCCUCUAAUUUGCACUGAUGUGUUUGAGAUAAGUGGUUGGCAUCAAAGAGAUCCAAGCUUCCAGUAUCAAGGGAUUAAACUAAAUAUGGUAACAGCAGUAAAAAUAACAUUCCUGUAGCAGCGGUAACAAGUCUAGUUCUGCUGAUUGUAGGUGUUUGAUUUUGCAGUUUCAACUCAAAUAUGGUAGUUUCUCAGGAACACUGAAUGUAUGUUGGACAGAUGAUAAAAUACUUUUCAUUUGUGUACAUCUCGGCUCUGAGUGGUUCUUCCAGCUGUGAAAGCUAUGCAGUAGUUUUGUUGUACAGAAAAAUAAAACAUAGCACAAAUUAAUGUUGAUAAUAAAUAUUUCCUGUGGCUUUAAACAUGUA